CUGAGUUGCCUGAAGGGGGGAAUGGCACUGCCUGCGUGUGCAGCCCGGGCUCUCGGGCCGCCGCUGCAGCCGGAGCGAGGAGCGCCCGCCCGCACCACCUGUCCCCGCCGGCAUUCCAGAGUCGAGGCCGAAUUGGCAGCGAGCCGGCCGGGAUCAGUCGCCGCCUCAGUCCGCGCGGGCCCUCCUAGGGGUGUGUCUCUCGGAAUCAACUCCCAGCCGCUCCUGGACGAGCCCCCGAAGGCGUCUUCCUCCUCCCUGGCGGGAGCCGCGCUCGUCCCUCUUUUCGCGCUGUUGCCCCGCGGCCGCCGCAGGCGGAUGCACGACCUCAGGAGACGCUGGGACCUGGGCUCCCUCUGCCGGGCCCUGCUCACUCGGGGCCUGGCCGCCCUGGGCCACUCGCUCAAGCACGUGCUCGGCGCGAUCUUCUCCAAGAUCUUCGGUCCCCUGGCCAGCGUCGGGAACAUGGAUGAGAAAUCCAACAAGCUGCUGCUGGCUCUGGUGAUGUUCUUCCUCUUCGCCGUGAUCGUCCUCCAAUAUGUGUGCCCCGGCACCGAAUGCCAGCUCCUGCGCCUGCAGGCGUUCAGCUCCCCGUUGCCCGACCCGUACCGCUCGGAGGAUGAGAGCUCCGCCAGGUUCGUGCCCCGUUACAAUUUCAGCCGCGGCGACCUCCUGCGCCAGGUAGACUUCGACAUCAAGGGCGACGACCUGAUCGUGUUCCUGCACAUCCAGAAGACCGGCGGCACCACUUUCGGUCGCCACCUGGUGCGCAACAUCCAGCUGGAGCAGCCGUGCGAGUGCCGCGUGGGGCAGAAGAAAUGCACUUGCCACCGGCCCGGUAAGCGGGAGACCUGGCUCUUCUCCAGGUUCUCCACGGGCUGGAGCUGCGGGCUGCACGCCGACUGGACCGAGCUCACCAGCUGCGUCCCCGCGGUGGUGGACGGCAAGCGCGACGCCCGGCUGAGACCGUCCAGGAAUUUCCACUACAUCACUAUCCUCCGAGAUCCGGUAUCCCGGUACUUGAGUGAGUGGCGGCAUGUCCAGAGAGGAGCGACAUGGAAAGCAUCCCUGCAUGUCUGCGAUGGAAGACCACCAACAUCUGAAGAGCUGCCCAGCUGCUACAGUGGCGAUGACUGGUCUGGCUGCCCCCUGAAAGAGUUCAUGGACUGUCCCUAUAAUCUUGCCAACAACCGCCAAGUGCGCAUGCUCUCUGACCUGACCUUAGUAGGCUGCUACAACCUCUCUGUCAUGCCAGAAAAGCAAAGAAACAAGGUCCUCCUGGAAAGUGCUAAGUCGAAUCUGAAGCACAUGGCAUUCUUUGGCCUCACUGAGUUUCAGCGGAAGACCCAGUAUCUGUUUGAGAAAACCUUCAACAUGAACUUUAUUUCACCAUUUACCCAAUACAACACUACUAGGGCCUCUAGCGUAGAGAUCAGUGAGGAAAUCCAAAAGCGUAUUGAGGGCCUAAAUUUUCUGGAUAUGGAGCUGUAUAGCUAUGCGAAGGAUCUCUUUCUGCAAAGGUAUCAGUUUAUGAGGCAGAAGGAGCAUCAGGAAGCUAGGCGGAAGCGUCAGGAGCAACGCAAAUUUCUGAAGGGAAGGUUCCUUCAGACCCACUUCCUGCGCCAGAGCCAGGGCCAGAGCCUGACUCCGAGUCAGAAUAAGAGUCAGAACCCCAAUCCAAAUGCUAAUCGGAAUGUGACGCAGAAUCUGUUUCAGAAUCUGAUUCAGAAUCUGACUCAGAGUUUGAGUCAGAAUUUGAACCAGAAGAACCAGGCAAGACAGAAACCAAACCCAGGUCAAGAGCAGAGUGACAGCAGUAACGGUACCCAUGACUACAUAGGCAGUGUAGAGAACUGGCGUUAAAAAGCUCCCAAGGCUUCUCACACAGUUCUCCCAAAGCGCCAGUAAGAAUAUGGCAAAGCUUAAAAGAUGAGUGUCUAAGUGUUUCAUACUUUCUGGAAGUAUGAAGUUAAAACGUUAAGAGGUUGCCUUUACAGUUGCCUUUCAAUUUAGUGUUAUACUGUGCGUGGAUACAACAAAUUUCAAUAUAUAAUUAAAUUGUCUUCUUUUUCUUGGUUUGUUGGACUAUUUACAAAAUCCAAAAGCCAAACCAGACUCACCAGAAAUUGCUGUUUUGAUAUUUUAAGAAGUUCUAAAAUUAGUCACAGAGACAAAAUGAAAUCAUAAAAUGUGACCAUUUAACUUAGCACUAAGAAAUGGCUUUAAAUUAUUCAUGAGACACAGUUAAAACUCCGUCUUGGAAGCAAACAUUUCUUCCCGGGCUAAGCAUGAGCAUAAAUAUGAAAAAGCUCAAAGUCAACAUGAAGCCUUUUAUUUUCUUUGAUUUUAAACCAGAAAUCAAUUUAAAUGGAAUAACAGCUGGUGGUUACAUUUUCCCCAGCGGUAGAAAAUAAGAAAUUUCUCUCCCCAACAUGAAUAGGUAUAUGUAAAAAUAUUGGCUUUUCAAGUAAAACAGAACACAAAACUUGUUAUUUAAGAGAUGCUUAAGAUUUUGAACUUAUUUCUACCCUCUACCAUUUAAAGGUUUUAAACAGGGUUUAUCUCAUGUUAAACAAAAUGCUUUUUUUUCCAAGUAGAAAACCAAUGUGAAGAUCCAAUUACCAGGCGCUUUCUGGGCACUGUAAUUUCAACAGUUCUGAAAUCUUUUUGGCGCUGCUUUUCUUCAUCUUAAGGCUUCUCCGAGUUGUGCUCAUUCCAAACUAACCCAUUUGUAGAAUCUUUCUUCAUCAUCUAAAUGGUGUGUUAUUGAAAUUAUUGUGAUAUAUAAUCCUGGAUUAAAGUCAGGACUUUCUAUAGAAUUGUCUUAUCAAUGUUUGUGUAGUGAGGUCAUUAUCAAGAAGCUGUUGAACAAAUAAUGUGUCUAAAAAUAUUGCUGAAGUUAUUCUUGGUCAGGUAGAAUUGAACCUGAAUGUGAACUAUUAUUUACUUUUUGUAUAUUUUUAUCGUAAUGAUUCUAGUUAGGCGGGCUAUAUCUAGCCUAUUUGUUCUUUUUUGUGUUGACAGAUUGUAAACAAUUGCAAGGGGAAAUGGUAGAAAAAGAAUUAGGAUAGCCAUAGUUAUUCAGGAACACCAAAAACUGUACCUCAAUACUUUGGGUUAACUCUUGACCAGGUUUGUAUUAAGAAAGAACAGAAGGGAGUACUGUGCAGUGAGAUGGAACAUCUGGAGCCUAUGCAUUUAGAAAAGUGAUUUAGGGCCUAGGAUAUCAGUUAUGAAAUAAGCAGAGUAAAAAGGAAGUAUGUAACCCACUGUACGUCAUGAUUCUGAAUGGUUUCCACUUUGUGGGUUUUGCUAUACAUUUGUAAGGGUUAUACAAAUCCUCUGGCUAUCAUUCAAAAAACUCCACUUGAAAUAGCAUUUAUGUAUUCAGGGGUGACAUUCCUAAUUAGAAGUGUGAUGAUAAAGUCACAGCUCACCCAGUUCACUCAUUUGCAUGAUCUAGCUACAUCUGUAAUAAUAUGACCACAAACUGGGCGUGAAUCUGAGUAUUGGGUUAUUUAGAAAUCCUUUUUAUUGACUCUGUGCUUGUAUCAGUUUAUCAAAGUUUUGUUUUGUCUAAUAGUAUUGCAGUCCUGGGAAUUAGAAGAGAACAAGAGGGAAAUAAAAAUAAAAUCAAACACACCUUGAAAUCAAAGUAUUUUAGAGUGAGACUAUUUUGUGUACAUUGUGUUUUUAAAAUAAAUAUUCUCUAGUUCACUGUGGUAUUUCAGUUUUGUUUAGUUUUAAUUGAUAAUGUUUGCUCUUAAAACUGAUAUGUACUGUUGGAAAGCAGGACAAAACCUGAACCAGUGGAAAAGUUUAUUCCAGAAAAGCAUUUUGUAUUAUUGCUGUGGUGUGCAUGGUUUGCAGACAUUAAGUGCAUUUUCUCUGUCAAUACUGAUUACUGUAUAUAGGGGAUGUUAUAAAUAUGCAUUUUGUCAUCAACAUGUAAAUCCCAUGAUUUCAACUGUAAACAUCUGUCCAAUGGUGUAGCUUUACAAACCAUUCACUGAUUUUUGUGUAAUUUAAUGAUAGCUAUGAAAUAAAGUUUAAAUUACAGGCUCUGA